UGUGUUAUUUUGCGAAAAUUUUGUCAAUAGAUCAGACGUGUAUAGACAUGCAAGUUUUGGGAUCCUGCAGAUAUUACGUUCUAUUUAUUUAUAUUUUAUCUAUGUCUAUAUAUAUUACUGACGGAAAUGCGGUGAAAGGAUAUUUCGGCUGUUUAAUAGCAAACAAUGGAGUUGCAUUCAAUGGAACAGUUCUAACUGAAGAGACUGCAAAAUUGAUACUCCGCGGCGGAUUAACAAAUCCUACACAAAGAGUGCCUGCGGCCCCAAAACGACUUUAUUCUAAAGUGAAAGAUGGCAAGUUAGUAAUAGCAUGGCUAGCCAAUCCAAGAGUUCUGUAUGGUUUGGAAUACCUUGAACAUAUCAUGAUGAAAGUGGUGCACUAUUAUUCAUCUCCUAAAACAUAUAGACAUACUGAAUAUAUCCUUUUCAAUGUCACAGGAGUUACAUCUACGACUAAGUUCGAAUAUAAUUGUACCGAAAUAAGACCCGGGACGUUUGAAAUAUACUCCACACUCUGGUUCCUUGGAAAUCUUGUACAUUCAAAUGAUAGUCACCUAACAUCAGCAGCUGUUGAUGAUUCGAGCAGAAGUGAUGUCCUUUUCAUUCCGAGACAAAAUCUAGUACCGGAUUUAAUAGAAACCAAAGCAGUCACAGAAAGUUGUAUUUGCAAAUCUACUAUAUCAAUUAAAGUUUUUGCAAGCGGAGCUAAUGUAACGGCGAUAAUACAAGCAUGGGGCUUACCUGUCGAUACACCGGUAGAGAUCCAGUUGAUUCAAAAUGCUGAAAUAAAGAUAAUACUAAAAAGUGUAAACAUAUCAGGGCGAGACAUACAGAAACCGUACAUAAAGACAUUCAAUUCUGAGAGAGGAGAAAGUUAUUUUGUGAGGGUAUUACGUCAUUGUCCGCGGAAAUAUAAAGGUAUAUUAACAUGUGGCAAAGACGAGGCAGAUGUGAUGAAAUCAGAUAAUGUCUCAAUAAAAAAAGGAUCAUAUUAUUCUACCUGGAAGUCAUCAACAGUGGAAACGUUCGAAGGCAUAGAUAGCCAACUAGUACUACAAAUAGCUGCCAUAACAUUUACGCUUGGUUUCUCUAUAACUUUGUAUUUGGCUCUAAUGAUAAAAUUGCUAACAGGCAAAUAUUGUCCCAAGAGAAAGUCAUCAAAUGCACUCAAGCGAUCAACUUAUGUUAGACUAAACAGCAAAGGAGCAAUUUCUACGAAACUUACUUCAUCUAAGCGGGUCGCUAUAAUUUUUACAAAAGAUUCACCAAAGCACGAAGAAAAUGUUGCAAGAAUCAACGAUGAAUUGACACAAAGAGGCAUUAAUUCUGUUAUGUUUGACGAAACUUCUUCUCCGGAAAUUAUGGCAAACUGGGGACAAGCGGCAGAAAACGUUGUGACCGACUUUGAAGUGGUAAUGUUUAUCAUUUCGCCACUUCUAUACAGAAUAUGCAAAAAGGAAGGUAUUUUGUCAACAACAUUUGAAGAGAGAAAUGAGGAAACAAAUGAAUCGGGCGCAUACACCCCAAUACUGACUCGUUUUCCAGCCGCGGUUUUAAGCACUUUGAAAGCUAGAAAGACGUGGGCUGACACAAACAAAACAAUCUGUGUUUCAUUAUGCGUCGCGGAAACUAAAGAAGAAUAUAAACGACUUUCGUUGAAAAUGCGACAAGAGCAUCCGCUUGUUUUUAAAGAUAAAAUAUAUUUCCAUAAUUUAAGAAACGACAAUAGUAAGAGUAACAGGAAACUUAUACACAAAAUAAUACGGGCAUUAAAACAUUAAAAGGUGUAAAUAAUUUCCUCUUAUAAAUGUAUUCAAUUUAACGACUUAUCCAAAUUUUGAGGUAAAUUUAGGGAAAUUAAUACCUGUUACGUGAAGGCAAAUAUUGGUGACAAAAAGUCGAACUUCUAGUUAUAACAUUAUAAAAGAUGCAUAUGUUAGGUCAAGGAAUUCUCAUGUACAGAACACAUGCGCUGAACGAAGGCAUAUAGUUUUGAAUAACCUCAUGGCAACGAUAAUGCUAAGUUUACAACCGUCUUCACUGAUUAAAAUGAGGAAGAAAAGGGCAGUAGGUUACUAGGGUCUUGCUUGCCGUUGAUAGAGGCAAAUUAUGCUCACGUGUAUAGUAUAUAAACUAAAAGACAUGCUUUAUGUUAUUCUAAAGAAAUGGUGAGUGACGAAAGGGUAACCAUGUCUGAAUAAAAAUCCCGGAAACGAAAAUUUCAGUUCCUGAUAUCGCAUCCGACGUAAAACUUAAAGUAUUUCGGACUUUGAAACAGAAUUAACGAUGAACUUUGCUGAAGCGUUACACAUAGGAAACUAAACAAACUAUUAUCAAAUAGUACGAAAUGCUUACGUAUCUUAUUUAUUUAUGUUUGUUUAUUUAUUAUAUAUAGGUAACCAUUUAUAUGUACGUUUUAAACGUAUUUGAUCAAUAAAUUGUUUGAAUAUUA